AUGGAGAACAUGGACACCGACAAUACUUCUGGUAGUAAGUAUUCGGUUAUAUACUUAGGUAUAUACUCGACGCAAAACCUUUCGAGCUCUAUAUUAUGGCAGCUUAUCAAGCACACAUUAGCCAUGAUAUUAUACAUACCCAACUGUACUACCUGUUUCACUCUAAAGUGGACCAGAGUUUACAAAAUGAAUAUGAUACUGUGUUGAAAAAGACAUCAAAUCAGAAAAUAAGACCAUAAAUCGAUAAGGAAAAUGUUAACUAAGAGAAUAGUCCAGUUGUUUAGGACAUAAUUUUGGGUUCUACUUAUAUGAGGUAAAUUGUUGUGUUAUAGUUGUGCAUAACUGAUGACAUGCAUUUACCAAACAUGUACUGUAUUUGCAGCUUUUGCUCCUGAUAUCAAUGAGGACUCUGUGGAUAUCUAUGACGACCUGGAUAUGAGCUGCUUUAGCAGUAAAACAGGUAAAAGUCAUGAUUUUUUUAAAGUUUUCCUCUAGUUUGUUUUUUCUAACAUUUGUAAGGAUUCUUUUGUUGUCUUAUGUUGUUAACUUGAUUUGCUACAGAAAUAUACAGUAUGAAUACGAUUGCCUUGUACUUAUAAAACUCUUGAGCUGCACCUUUGUCCAAACUUGUCAAUUAAAAAAGAAUAAAUUUUGAUUAUUGUUGUAUUUCUGAUUUCUGCAGAAAAGUCUCCGCUAAGUUCCCCACAGCUGAAAGAAUCGAUGGAUCUUUAUGAAGAAAUUGUGACAGAAGAGCAGCAAAACAGAGAGUCAACAUACUCUGAGGUGAGUGACUCACCAAGUUGCAAGUUCUUCCUGUCUGUAGUAGUGCAGGAUGCUUAGUUUCAUAGUUGUGGUCUGUGUAAAAGCUGCAAACAUAAAGGGGUAAAAGGUUAGGGUUGGCAUGGUUUUUCUUUAACAGAGCUGAUGUGUGAAGAUAAGGGCCCUAAGCUCUCUUCGAACAGGAUUCGUAUCCCAUGGGGAUCUAAAUUCUGAAUAACCUCCUGACACCAGUGUUUAGUGUGGCACAUUUGCACAAGACAAGUGAAAUUGGUAAUUUACUCAAAUGUGCCCACAAUUCUGAUCAAAAAUGCUGAGGUGUUCUCCUGUUUCAUAUCUCUCUGCAGUCACCCGCUAAGAACUGGUGAUAUUAAAAAAGCCCAGAUGUCCAAUAGUAUUUAAAUUGGUCUUGAUGAUAUACACUGCAGUACAUAGAGAUUCCACUACUGUGUAAUAACAGGAUCCCGUUAAAUUUGCACCUAAAAUGCUUUCCAAACCUUCAUUUACAGUAUAUCCAUCAAUUUUAACUAGAAAAAAGCUGAGGACACCUCUUGUAAAGCAAAAUUUUUACCCCAAACUUCUGAGAUGUGGAUUCAGACUGGAUUGAUUUUAUCAUAGGGCUUCUGUUUGUACUGAAAUAUGGUCAAUGAUUUGCUCUGAAAUUUUAACUUAACUAAUUACAGUCAUGGUUAAUCUCUCAGGACUGAAAACACAGACGUCCUCUGAAAUUAUUACAAAUGAUCAGAGGUCCUAAGGUAAUACUAAUCCUGCGGUCUUUAGAUAAAAUAUCAGCAGCCGAAUUUUUAAAAUAGAAAACAUGUUUCUUGGUGUCUCUGGAUGUGUUUGUAUUGGCCACAACUGUUUCGCCUCUCAACUCCACAGGUGUGAAUUAACAAGUAGCUGCUUAACCCUCAGAUUGUUAUUCAGUGUUAAAGACGACAUUUGCUUAUAAAAGGAUCAAAAAAGAGAAAAACCAAAAAGUCAGCUGGGAACUUUCUUACAAUCCUUUUCCUUCUGUUUGUUUUGUUUUUCGCAGUUGAAGUCCAGAUUUCAAGCAGCCCAGAAUCAAAUCAAAGAGCUUCGCAGGAGAUUGGAGCAAAUGGAGCUGCAGGUCUGUUUCAUGUGUCACACUAGCCCUGAUCGAUAUUCCACUUUUAAAUCAAGUUUCCAGGCCUUAGAAGAGCAACUUUAGUACACUCUGUUAGUUUCUCUUACUGAAGAUAGCAUCAAAAGCACAAUUAUGUCAAUUUCUAACAGUUUCUCUGUCUUUCAACAGAAUACAGGCUUGAACACUGAGAACUUUCGUCUCAAAAAGAACAUCUCUGCACUGCUACUGACAGCCAAACAAGAGGUGAAAAGAAAAGAUGCUGAGAUUCAGAGGCUGAAUCAAAUGUAAGUGUGUUUUAAUGUGUGAUACAAACCUGUGUUAACUGUUUCAAAUUAAUUGAAGGGCCUCUGUCAGAGAGGGAGGGCUGCUGGUUUAACCUCAGACAGGAUUUUAAUAAAUGAUCAGGACUGUAACACUUGCAAUGACCUCAGGAAUAUUAUUCUGAAAUUGUUGAACUCUUUCCUUACGCAGUCUCUCACAUUCUCAACUCUUUUGAUACUAAACUGUUAACUGCAGACAGAUGAUUUCUUCUACUGACUGGAUCGGUUUUAUACUUACUCAGUUGUUGAAACUUUGUUUUUUUGCAGGUCAAGGAGAGGUUUUAAUCAUCAUUACCAUAAUCAGCAGUCGUAUAAUCAUAAACUACGAGACCAGGAUUCAUCGAGACAGAUCUCCACCAGCAGCUCCAGUAGACAGUCCUCACCUCCACCAUCCUCCAAACCUCCUCCACCAUCCUCCAAACCUCCUCCACCAUCCUACAGUCUUCCACCGCUGCCUCCUCCACCAUCCUGUCCUCCACCUCCUCCUCCUCCAUCCUGUCCUCCACCUCCUCCUCCUCUUCCCCCUCCUCUACCACCUUCACCACCAAGGGAGAAGAAUCCUGCCUCCAGGAGAGAUUCCUCUCACCCUUCAAAGAAGGAAACCAACACCUCUCAGCCAAGUGGAUCAAGCAUUGAAACAAGAGCUUCAAAAGCAUCUUCUCACAGUCACUCUAAAAGCACCUCAAGAAAGGAUGGUGAUGACAAAUCCAGCACCUGUCCUCCAACCCAGCAUGAGGAAUCGUACAAAAGCAAGUCCAAGCAUAGAGAAGAAAAAUCUGACUCAGCUAGGAGACGCAGAAGUUGUCCAGAUCCCGUCAAAGACUGUCAUGUGAAAAGCAGGUCUCAUAAAGACACAGAGCGAAGAUGUGACUCCAGGUCAGGUGAAGGUAAGAACCACCUGGAUAAAGAGGGGCACCACAGAUCAGAGAGGACCAAAAGCCCUCCGCCAGAGAUUUCACACAGUGAGCAGUCAAGUAGUAGAGAGCAGAAGCAACCCAAGGCCAAAAUAUCAACAUCGGACUCUGAACACAACUCUAAAGAAAGCCACAGAGAUCGUAGUAAAAACAAGAGUAAUCACAGACAUUCAGAAAGCUCCGACUCGAAAGAUCGGAGAAAGUCCUCUUCAAAUCGACACUCUGAGCACAGCAAAGAUGCUUCUAAAGAAAGAGAAGGACACAAACCAUCGAAGGAUUACCAGAGGAAGGAGGAUAAACAACAUGAAGGCGAGGUCAACAGAAAGCACAAGAGGAGGACACUGUUAGAAACGAGCAGAAGACACAAGAAAUCAAAAGAAUCAGACCAACAAAAAGCUGAUAUUUGUCGUGAGGAGAGAAAGGAGAGGACACAAGAAGCUUUAAAUAAACCAUCAGAGGUGCAGAAAACAACUUUGAAAAGCCCUGCGGAUGAAAAUAGUCCAAACCGAAAACUCUGUUUUAUGGAAACACUGAAUUUAACCCUUUCCCCAAUCAAGAAGCCAGUGUUACCCAUCAAGGAUCUCGCACCAACCGACGAAGCAGCGCUAGAUGAUGAGAAUUCACAGUCCAAUUUUGAAGAUAUGUGUGUGAUCGAUGAAGUCAACAGCAGUGAGUUAGAAGCAGAGACGUCAACCGAUAACUGCGAAGCACCUCUAACUUCUGAUGAGACUCCAAAGAGGCCUGACGAUAAUGACGAUACAACAGAUAACCAAGAAAAGAACAAAAACACAAGUAAAACUAAAGAGCAGCGUGAAGACGGCUCAGCUCAUACUACCUCAGGUCAUAGCCAAACACUCGAGACUGCAGAAUAUCAGAGGACAGAGCAACGCACAACGAAACCACCAGCAGAUUUAUGUCAAAAAGAAACUAAAACCGACAAAUCUAAGCUCACCUCGGAGAGCAUCAGAGACAAAUGUAGACGUCCUAAGACGGAUAGUGACAACAGUGACGUGUCUGGAAACAGCUCGUCACAAAAAGUCAAACGAAGAAAUAGUUCAGAUCCUAAAGAAACGGUUGUGCUUGAUUCACAUGUAGAAAAAGACACUAAGACUCUUCAAAAAGCAGAAGUUAAAAAACCUGCUGCAGAUUCAAUAAAAGAGCCUCCCCCUCCCUCGAAAAAAGAGCCCAUCCUUAAAGACGUUCCCAAAAGGGCUAAACCUAAAAGUCCAACAAUUUCACCCACUGUCCUACCUCAAAAAGAGCCGUCUCCUCCAACGUCAACCCCCAUAACCAAGAAAGAUGUUUGUAAAAAGCAAGAAAGCCCCGUAGAUGCAGAUUCGGUAUCCAGCACCAUUAGCCUGGAGUCUCUUCCACAAGAGGGGCUGAGUCUCCCCGAGGCUAUCUACAUGCUGACACAAACGAGUGAAAACCACGACGCUGGGAAGACCGCCCCAGCAGAGCCGAGUUCCUCCACAGGUUGUAUCACCGUGUCCAAAGUCAGCAGUACGACAGAGGAGGUGGACCAGCCGCAGAAGCACAGGGAGCUGAUGUUCACCCCGAAAAAGAGCUUCAGUCCUGGGAAGAGUCACGAGAACAGCAUGGAGCCCUCCAGCUCUAUGCCCUAUCUCCACGACGAGGACUCCAUGAUGCGCACGCUGAACAAUCUGAAGAGGAUACCCGACGCCAUCAGCCCUCUGAGGAGUCCGAUACGGAUCGCUAAGAGAAGUCAUCUCCAAGCGCACGGCAAGCCGGGUCACGUCAAGAGUCUUCAGAAAGGUAAAGAUAAGAGCAGAUGCAGUAAAACGUGUCUCAAAAGCAUACAUUUCAAUCCCAGUAAAAACAUUUUUUCUCUCUCUCUCGCAGAGUUUUCCACCACACCUGCUGACGCAAACUCAAAGAAGUUGGACGUCAAUAAAGAAAACAAAUAUCCUGGUUCUCCUGCAAACCAUGACGCUCAAAGCCCUGCAGAUAGGGUACCUGACCCAACCUCAAGCCUCUCCGACUCUGACUUAGAGGAAGGAGAGAUUCUAAGUGAAAGCGAUGAGACGGCCACAGAUUCUUCUGCUCCUGCAGCCAAGAGGGGGAAGUUAGCUCAACCGGUCAGGAACAAACCAAGAGCCGAGGCUGUCCUUAAGAGGACACCUGAUGAGAAGUGCGCCGUGUCGAAGGAAAUCAUCGAAACAGCCAACGGGCCAGUCAGAAGUCCAAAGAGUCGGUUUAAAACAGUUUGUCCUGCAGCAACCAAAGCUUCUUUCGCAACGAUAGAGGAUGUUAUGGAGACGUUCAGGCUGGUACGUGCUGAGAUCAGGAAAAAGUACAUGAAGCUUCAUAAAAGUUUUCCCAGAAAGAGCUUCUAUGGUGUGAUGGACAACUUCCAGCUGUCUUUUCUAGAGUUUGUGGAUGGGGCUUCUUUUAGCAAAGUGUGCAGCCAGGAAAAGGAGCUCAAGUCCAAGCUGAAGAAACUGGUAACAAACGUGUUCAGAAAGGUGUCCAACAACGGCAUCGUGAAGAGGAUCUUCGAACAGCAAGCGGUCGAUCUAAAGCAGAAGUUGUGGGACUUUGUGGACGGCCAGAUAGACUACUUGUUCAAGGACGUUUACGUGACGCUGAAAAGCCUUUGCAAACCAACGAGAAAUCAGUGUGACGACAAACAGCCCAGUGAGAAUGACAGAGUCUCCACUCAGUCUCCUGCAAAGAAGCCACAGACUGAACUUAAAGAGGCGCCUUCCACUCCGUCCAGCCUGAACCGGAUCAAACCCGGUGCUGUGCUGCCGUACAAAACAGGCCUUGGGAGCAGAGGCAAAGAUAUCAGGAUCACACAUGUGGAGAAAGAUAAGAACCCUGACUCCAAUCCAGCAAGUUCACAACCUAUGUUCUGCUUCUCUCCUCCUAAAAUUAUUCGCUCAACUCCAGAGAAGAAUAACCUGUCCUCUUUGGUUGUCCCUCAAAAUGCCUCUCUGCUCGAUAAAACGGAUUUUCAACUGCUUACGGAGCAGCAAGCUUCCAGUUUAACCUUCAAUCUAGUGAGAGACUCUCAGAUGGGCGAAAUCUUUAAAUGUCUUCUGCAAGGAUCCGACUUAUUGGAAAACAGUGGCAUCACCGGAGACAACACCACCUGGGCCCUCAGCACGCCAAGAAAGGACGGAGAGAGACUCUUCAGCAUAACAACCCCAACCAAAUUUGACUCCCCGUCUAAACUUCUUUCCCCGCUCAAGUUUGAGACUCCCUCCAAACUUGUCGCAACAUGGUCGAGCAUUUCACCUCGAAAGUUGUCGUCUCCACGAUCCAAAGAUCAUCUCAAUCCGGCUUUAUUUGAUGAAAGCUGCCUGCUAGAAGUGCCGUCAGAGAACAAAACGGCGCAGCAGCCCGGGUUGUCCUUGCAGAGGUCGUUUUCCAUUCUGGCUGAAGAUCUGGCCGUCUCACUCACCAUCCCAUCACCUCUCAAAUCCGACAGCCACCUCAGCUUCUUGCAGCCGCAAGACACAAACAUGAACAUCAUGUCAACCCCCGACAGCGUCAUCAGCGCUCAUAUAAGUGAGGACGCCCUCAUGGACGGGGAAGACGCCAGCGAACAGGAUAUUCACCUCGCUCUGGACACGGACAUCUCCAGUUGCGACUCAAACAGCAGCGUGGUCUCCGAACCGCUCGCCACACCUUUCGUGUUCAAGCCCGAUCAGCCGAUGCAGGCGCUGGUGAUGGAGAGGUCCAAUGAUCAUUUCAUUUUAAAGAUCCGUCAAGCAGGAGCGGGAGCGGAUGUUACUCUCACUGAAGACAGUUUAAGUUGCACACUGGUAGAUGAAGAGCAGCAGCAUGGCAAAGACAAUGAAGCAACUCCUGUUGAAGACACUUUGACGGACAAAUCCCAGAACGAUUCUUUUGUAAACGACGAACCAUUAGAGACCGACUUGUCCCAACGUCCUGAAAACUCUGAGGUCUGUCACGCUGCUACGGGCGAAGAAAUCCAUCCAGGUCAAGAUGGAAGUUCAACCCCAACAAAGGAUCCAUCGCCCAAAAAAGACGAUUCAUCAGCACAACAAAAUACCUCAAAUCUUUGUUUUCCUGAGGAUUCAAAACAACAAACAGAGCCUCAGAAAAUCCUGUCUCCCUCAGAUGACAGUUUGCACAAUGUUGAUGAAAGUUCAGAAGGAGUUCUCAGCCAGAUUGGCAGAGAAGGUGCCACAGCUGCUGCUGGUGAGAGCACACGGCAAACUCAGGACCGAGAGGAAGACGAGCCGACUCGACAAGGUUCAUCAAAAUCAUCUUCCCCAGAUAACAGCCCGCAUCAUCUCACCGAUAACUCUGAAACAAACCAAAGCAGCCGAUCGUCGUUUUCACACGUACCAGACUCAGGCAGGAAUGAAACGGAGGUGUCAGAGUCAGAGAGGAGUCUCACCAUCACUGAGGAUGUGAGCAGCACGCCAGAGAAACCCAAAAGAAACGGAGUGGAAAAAAGAAAGCGGAAGAAGCACCAAGACAAAUCCAAAUCCAAGCGCUCCAGAAAGGAGAAGGAGGAGAGUGCAGGGGAGGAAGAUUUAAACAGCAAGAAGGAGUCCAAAUUGUCCCCGACAUCUAUGUCCCCAAACAGUCUGUCUGCCAAGAACAUCAUCAAGAAGAAGGGCGAAGUGCUGAUAGCCUGGACCAGGUCAGUAGCUGGAUUUCCUAAUGUUUAACCUCUCUCCUCCUCUCUAAAGAAUUGAUGAUUAAAUACAUAGUGAGCGAAUUUGUUAUUUCAAGACACGUAUGAUUAGCUGUUUGUGUCAAUUAACUUGAAAAUGUCUCAUUUGAAUUCUGCUUCCUCCAGAGAUGAGGAUCGAGCUAUUCUGUUGGAGGUGAAGACGAAAGGACCUUCACGUGAGACGUUCUCCUCCCUGUCAGAGAGACUGAACAAGCAGUCAGGGCAGGUGAGUAAAUCUCUUCUUCUUUUUAAAGUGAUAUUUCAGUUAUUUGGCUUCUCCAAGAAUGAGCGACUGAUCACUGUAAACUUGAUUUCUUCCCCCUAGGUUGCUCACAGAUUUAACCAGCUCCUAAAGCUCUUUAAGAAGAAGGAGAAGAUGGACACUUGA